AUGGAUUACGCCCAGAAGGGAGCAAAGGCUCUGGGGAGCUCGGAUUUUGCUGCUGCAAUUAAGUGCUACACCAAGGCCCUGGCUGUUAACCCUUAUGCUGCGGAUUACUAUGUAAAGCGAUCAACAGCUUACUCGCGAGUAAUACCUGCAGAUGGGGGCCCCAAGCUAAGGGAAGCACUGCAUGACGCCGAAAUGGCCGUUGCUCUCGGCAUACAGCGAGCAAGACGGGAGCAGAUCCUUGCAGGACAGAUGAGACGGGCUAUUGUUCUUUACCAAAGUGAACGUUAUGGCGAUGCACAGUAUAUCUUCCAAGUGGUGCGCUCGAAGGUGGGAGAGGAGGAUCCUGAAAACAGAAAAGAUGCCCUUGAUGCUGCUAUAGCUAGCCGCGGGUAUGCACCUACCUCUCAAGAUACGAAAACGAGACAACAGCUUCAGAUUUGGGAAAUCAAGAUCAAACCACAGCUUGCAAAACUCGACCCCACUGACGAAAGGGCCAAGGUGACAGUUAAGGAAACCCCGGAUAUUGUAGUCCCAACACAGGAUGAGUUGAGAGAGAUACAUUGUGCCCAAAUCCAAGAUGGCGUUGUCACUUCAUCCGCAAAAUCAAAUGAACAACCUUCAUCUACAACCCAGGCGAAUGAGGAUCUAGCUACAGAGGCUAAACCUGCUCAGAUGUCAAAAACCCCCCCGGCUGCGCCUCUCCCGUCCAAUACGCCCAGCAGAACAAGACAUGAGUGGUACCAGUCAAACGACAGUGUGGUCAUCACUAUAUAUGCCAAAGGAAUCCCGAAGGACAAAGCAGAUGUUGACAUUCAAGAGACUUCGUUUUCCAUUACGUUCCCUCUCCCUUCGGGUUCCGAGUUCUCAUUUGUUUUAGAUCCUCUAUUCGCCCCCGUUGAUCCAUCAUCGUCGAAAUUCAAUAUAAUGUCUACUAAAGUUGAAGUUACUUUGCGCAAACAAUCAGCCGGUAGAAAGUGGGCAACAUUAGAGGGCAACGCUUCACAAGACGAAAAGAUCUCACCGUCUGAAACUACAGCUCUCCAGGACACAUCUAACCUCCAGAAUCGGCCCAUCACAACUGAGAAGGCGCCUGUAUACCCGACUUCUUCAAAAUCCGGACCAAAGGAUUGGGAUAAGGUGGUGUCAAAUAUCCAGAAAAAAGAGAAGAAGGCUAAGAAAAAGAAAGGAGAUGGGGACUCAAAUGGAAAUGAAGAGGAUGAAGGUGAUUCGGACCUGUCAGAUUACGGGUCUGGAGAUACGGUUGAUUCAUUUUUCAAGAAGUUAUACGCCAACUCUGACCCAGAUACCCGACGUGCGAUGACUAAGAGUUUCUAUGAGAGUAAUGGAACCGCAUUGAACACGAACUGGAGUGAGGUUGGAAAAGGCAAAGUCAAGGAGCACCCACCGUCUGAUGAUUAA